GUCUCCAGACACUCUGGGGCCAGUCAUAACAUAAGCCUCUCGCUCGCCUCCCCCGGCAGCAAAAGGAGGAAGGCGCGCUCGCCGCUCCGAGGGCUCCUGCCGCGCGUCUCGGCUCGCGAAGGGUUAAGCGAGCCUUCUGCCUCCCCGCGCUUUGCCAGACGGCGGAGUUUGGAGGACGGCGCUGGUCGGGGGAAGGACCGCGGGAGCUGGUGUCGCGGUGCCCGGCGGCGCAGCUACCCCCCCCCCCGAAACCCAUCGAGCACCUUUGGGGAAGACGGAGAGCUCCCGUUCUUUGGCUAGGCCGUGAAAGCCACCGAUCCCUCCACGGUCUCGACUUGAGCGAGCGAGAUUUGGGAAGUUGGAGGAGGUCCGGGCGGGGUGGGGAGGGGAGGGAGGCAUUGGAUCGCCGACGGCCUUGUCAUCGCAUCGCGGAGCUCUGGGUUGAAUGACCGGCUGCGGGAGAUCGCUUCGUUUUCUCGCGUCCUCCCUGGCUCGGAGGGAUCCUCUCGAAAGGCGCGAAGGCGAUGAUGAUGACGAGCGUGGCUUUUGCCAGCUAUGGAAUCAAGCCAGCCCUUGGCGGUGAUCCUUAAGCGAGUACAAUGCAGGAAUCCAGCCGCUUCGUUCUCCACCUUCCUGACCCAGUGGGGUUUGGGUGAGAUCCAGGGGAAGAAGAAGACUGGCGGCAGUUCCUUCAGAUUUCUCCAAUUCAGCUUCACACUGAAAUGAAUGCCUUGCAGACUGAAGAAAGCUGAAACCACUGUCAACAUUAACAUUGACGUGAAAGGAAGUGCUAAUCUCGCUGUCCUGUCUGUCUCCUGUCAGUGUUUGGUACCUUACAUCGUCUGUCAGCCACCUGUAUAGGACACAGCUGCCAUAUCACUCAGCAUACAUGGAGAGAGGCAACAAAGUGUGUAAACCUGGAUAAUAAAACAACAGCCUUCCUAGCGAGAGUGAAAAGCAGUCCAGUUAUAAAAGGAUUAUUUUGCAUUUAGCCUCAAGGACCUUACUUUUCACCUGUGAAAAGGACACAAGUGCAGCAUCUGUUUUCUUUUCCUUUUUCCCCUCUCUUUUUUUUUCUUUUUGGUCCUUGUAUUUUUCCUCUUUUCAGUAUUUUGUUUCUUCAUUUAGAAAUGGGCCUGUGGACUAGAACGUGGCCCAGGGACGGGGUUGCUUUCUUCAGAUCAUGGCUGGUGUUUUCUCUGGGGCUUUACAUGCAGUUCUCCAAAGCUUUUGCCUGUCCAAAUGUUUGCCGGUGUGACCGAAACUUUGUCUAUUGUAAUGAACGAAGCUUGACCUCAGUGCCUCUUGGAAUACCGGAGGGUGUAACGGUACUCUACCUCCACAACAACCAAAUUAAUAACGCUGGAUUUCCUGCAGAGCUGCACAAUGUCCAGUCUGUGCACACAGUCUAUCUGUAUGGCAACCAGCUGGAUGAAUUCCCUAUGAAUCUGCCUAAGAAUGUCAGAGUUCUCCACUUGCAAGAAAACAACAUUCAGACCAUUUCUCGAGCUGCUCUGGCCCAGCUAUUGAAGCUGGAAGAGUUGCAUCUGGAUGACAAUUCGAUAUCUACUGUUGGAGUUGAGGAUGGGGCAUUCCGGGAAGCUGUAAGCCUCAAGCUUCUAUUCUUAUCCAAGAAUCACUUAAGCAGUGUACCAGUUGGCCUUCCAGUGGACUUACAGGAGUUGCGUGUUGAUGAAAAUCGAAUUGCCAUCAUAUCAGACAUGGCCUUCCAGAAUCUAACAAGCCUGGAACGUCUCAUAGUAGAUGGCAAUCUGCUUACCAACAAAGGUAUCGCAGAUGGUACCUUCAGUCAUUUGUCCAAAUUGAAGGAAUUCUCUAUAGUACGUAAUUCACUAACGUAUCCUCCCCCAGAUCUCCCAGGUACAAACCUUCUUAGGCUUUAUCUGCAGGACAACCAGAUAUCACACAUACCACUUUCAGCCUUUUCAAACCUUCACCAGUUGGAGCGACUUGAUAUUUCCAACAAUCAGCUUCGGAUGCUGACCAAAGGAGUCUUUGACAACCUACACAACCUGAAGCAACUCACAGCAAGGAAUAAUCCAUGGCUUUGUGAUUGUAGUAUUAAGUGGGUCACUGAAUGGCUCAAGAUGAUUCCUUCCUCCAUCAAUGUUCGAGGAUUCAUGUGUCAGGGGCCAGAACACGUCCGGGGUAUGGCUGUCAGGGAACUCAACAUGAAUAUGUUGGCAUGCCCCACAACUACCCCUGAUCUGUCAUUUGUUACCCAACUUCCCACAACAUCCUUGCCAACCACAGUGGCCCCUACAUCAUCAGUCCUAACCCCAAGUAACAAAUAUACUCCUCUUACCCCCACCAUUGCUACCCUCCCCACUGUGCCUGAGAGGGACAAUGGAGAAAAUGUGACCCCUCCCAUUGUUGAACGGUUUCAGUUGUUUAUACACAUUGUGAAUGACACUUGUAUCCAAGUCAGCUGGCAUUCCCUUUUCAAUGUGAUGGCAUACAAACUGACCUGGGUUAAAAUGGGUCACAGUCUGGAAGGAGGCAUUAUUCAGGAACGGAUAGUUAGUGACAAAAGGCAGAACGUAAGCUUGACAAACUUAGAGCCCAAAUCUACGUAUCGGAUUUGUUUGGUUCCCUUGGAUGAUUUCAAUAAUUAUCGAGUUGGUGAGGACACUGUCUGUUCUGAAGGUACCACCAAGGCUUCCCUGUUAAGCAAUGGAAGCAACACGGCUUCCAGCCAUGAGCAAACAACUUCUCAUAACAUUGGCUCCCCUUUUCUGUUGGCAGGCUUGAUUGGGGGAGCGGUAGUAUUUGUGCUGGUGGUUCUACUCAGUAUCUUCUGCUGGCACAUGCACAAAAAGGGGCGCUACACCUCUCAGAAGUGGAAGUACAAUCGGGGCCGACGGAAAGACGACUACUGUGAAGCGGGCACCAAGAAGGACAACUCCAUCCUGGAGAUGACAGAAACCAGCUUUCAGAUUGUCUCCUUAAAUAAUGAUCAGCUCCUUAAAGGAGAUUUCAGACUGCAGCCCAUUUAUACCCCAAAUGGGGGCAUUAACUACACAGACUGCCACAUCCCCAACAAUAUGCGAUAUUGCAACAGUGGAGUCUCAGACCUGGAACACUGUCAUACGUGAUAGUGAGGCAUGUGAUGAGAUGCCACCCAGUAGGAGCAAAAAAACUCAGAGAGAGGAAUUGAUAUAAACCUACUCACAAACAAACAAAUUACAUUUGAUAAAUGUUACGCAGAUGCAUUUGUGCAUUUGAAUAAUCUGUAAUUUAUAUGGUGUACUAUAUAAUGGGAUUUUAAAAAAGUGCUAUCUUUUCUAUUUCAAGUUAAUUGCAAACAGUUUUGUAACGUUUUGCUUUUUAAAUCUUAAAAAAAAUUAUAUUGCUGAAGUACUGUACAGGGUUGUACAAUAAGAACCCGAUGCCAUGGCAAAGGAAAGAACGCCUCAUUCUUCAGACAUUACCCACUUUGAUUUUGGAGCUGUUUGGGGGAUACUAGCUCAGACCUCUUCCACUAGUUUAUGAGAUAAGUUUAUGUUAAAAGAUGAAUCAUUAGAAAAGCUUGGGUAAGAUUAUGUGAUGGGAGAAAUACGAAAAACUGAUCUCUAUGGUUCUUAAAAUUAGAAUUGCUAUUAAAAAAAAGGAAGGAAGGAAAGUGGUAACUUUUAACUUCCUCUGUACUUUUUGGUAUGGGGAAAACUGUACCCUUCCUAGUAUUAAACACAAAAGAAUCUUCACCAUUCUUUACGUUAACAAGUUUUUAAUGAAAUGUUCUAUAUUUAUCACAUGUCACAAAGGUUGGUGUGGAAAUAUCCAAGGCAAAAGAUGUGGCCUUAUGUUCUUGUCAAAAUGAGAACAUUUUAAAAUAUUCUUACAGGCUUUUGUCAGAAUUCUUAGUGUACAUUCAGAUAUUUUGCUUCACCUUUACUCCUAAAGCACCUUUCUCUGCUCCCAAGCCUAGCUACGUAGGGCCUUAAAGUGAAUCAACGCUAUUCAUUCCAGCAGUCUAAAUAAAUCUGGUGCAUGGGUGAGAGUCGCGAGCAAUACCUUCAUUCUGAUUACUCAGAAGUAUAAUCCAGUCAAGAUGUUAAAAAUCAAGAAAAGAAUUCCUUUUACCAUUUCUCAGGUUCAAAAUAUCCCUGGCUAAUUCACUCAUUUUAGUUUGCUCCUUGAGGGAGAAAGAAAGCCCCGUAGGGCAUUAAAGUAAAUAAGCAAUUCUGCAGAAAGUGUUCAGAAAUCUUCCAGAGAGACCAAACCAUCAUGUUCAAAUCAAAUUUUAGUAGGAUGGAAAAUGACGUGUUAGGAAAAAGAUUUGGUUUAAAAAAUUAUACAAGAGAUAGGGUUUCUGUGGCUUGCCUUAUUGUAAGCCCAUUCUGAACCUUUUGACAAUCCUGCUUAUUUUUUGUAGAACAAAGAUCUGCAUUUGGUAUUUGAGGCUAGUUAUGCUCCGUAUUUUGUCUUGAGUUCCUCCUAAUAUUAUUUUUAGGGUCGUUUUGUUCUGUUAUGUACCUUUGCAAGUGACACCCUGGGAAUGUAUGCUGUACAGUCCCUAUUAAAAAAAUGGAAACCAAACAGAAAGGAAAAGCACUCUCUCCUUAAUUAUAUAGAGGAGCUUGUGUAGGAGCAGCUCUGGGCAAAUGUGCCAACUCUCAAUGGAAUACCAUAACUGUGUUGAGAACCCUGUAGAACUCAGCAUUAUUCAAGAAUGAUUCAAGGAGUGAUAGCAAGCUAAUUGACACUUCUCCAAAGCCUCUGCAGUCUUCACAAGAGUAGGGGGCAGAAACACUCCUUCGUUUCGUAUGUGAUGCUCUCCAUCAACUUCUAUAGAGCACCAUAUAGUAAUUCAUGUCUGCUGUGAGUGAGGUCUCCCAUACUCACUGUAAGUAAAGUGUACAUGUCAGGGGCUAGUACAGGAAUAGGCCUGUAGCUUGUCCUGAUGUUGCUGGAUUGCAGUUCCCAUCUGCAUUAGUCAGUGUAGCUAGAGGCUAGAGACAAUCGGAGUAAGCAGUUCAGCCACAUCUUGGUGGCCACCAGUGGCUCAUGUGACUGUCAUUAAUAUUUCUGCUCAUGACUACAAUUUCCUUUUUAAUUUAAGCCUAUUAGAAUCCCUAAAUAUGUGGAAACAGAGCUUGCAACUGCCGGUCAAGAAAAAAAAAACACACAGGAGAUAAAAAUUGACUCUUUUGUUAACUCUGGCCUUGAUUUCUCUUAGUAGGAGACGGAGGACAUUGACAAAUAAAAAAAUCUUCCCUAGUAUCAAAAAGAGCCCACACAUGUUCUCCUCUCAACGCAACAUCCUCCAAUAAAAAGUUCACUGAAACGAAUGUUGAGAAAUACAGAUUACUUAAUGUGUUGAGCUGAAAAGCGGAGGGUCGGUUGUCCGUCUCAUUGUCUCUCCCUCCUUGGUCUUCUCAGCUUCUUAUCCAAGACCUGAGCAUGCAUGCAGCUCCUUCAGUGGCUUGACAACAUACAUCUUCCUCCUGAGGAGAUGGAUCGGCACUUUUGUGUAUGAUGGCAAAGUACAAUCAUUUCCUGAGGAAUAAUGUCCUUCCCCACCCAACACCUUUUAUAAUCACAUUUUGGAUUUCCAUUCUAUAUUCUGUAUAUUUGCUAUUUUCUCCAGCUAUAACAGGUAUUUUAGGCAACCUGUGUGGCUACUGUAAUAGUGAAGUCACUGAACCUUUGCUAAAUAAAAGGCUGCCGUAUGGUUUGAGACUG